GAGGAAUUCACCUGUUUGCCUCUGUCAACAUCAAUGUCAGAUAGGUUUAUUUGGAUCGCAAUGAAAUUCCUGAAUUUGUUGUGAACCGUGUAGAGGUAUGUGUGAGUACUGUGUGCCAUAGCGAGAUGCAAGUUUAGUAAUUUAUUAUGUAGAUUAUCAAACCUAUUGUUCUUGAGGGCACCGUGUAACUUAAAACGUUGGUUUUUCUCACGUUAUGCGAAGAAAGUUCAAUUGUGAAAGGUAUUUAAUAAGCCUAAUUCGUUGUGUUUUCUGUCUUGGUAGCUUUAAAUUAAAAGUUUUUCAUUGUAUGACAAAUAUUGUGUUACUUUAUUCUGAAACUGAAAAUGUCGCGAUUCAAACCGACGGAUACAAUGCCGAAAAUGGGCCAUGUGACUGAUCUUCGAGAGCAGUGGCUCGUGAGAACGGACGGAGCGUUGGCCCAUCAUCUUCAAGACCGCGAGAUCUCUUCACAUCUCUGUGAAAACAGGUUCCGUAACCAGCAAAUCAGAGAGGAUUUUCCUUUGGCUUUAAACGAACAGAGGGAUAUUGAAUAUGAGUUACGUUUACGGGAAAUGGCUCGCCGACGCCAGGACGAUAUAGACGCAGAGAUAGCCCGGAAAAUUGCUGAUAUUAACAUUCAUAAACAACAUCGUCAUCUUCCUAACCAUAAUCCAGUUCAAGCUCCUCAACCCAGUUCAUCAAGAGCCACUUUUUCCUCCUCACAAAUCGAACUAGAAGCUCCUCCUAGUUUGGCUGUUGCCAUCGAUCCUAAAGAGUUAGGUCUUCCACCCAGUGAGAUUAAAGAAAUUUUAAGUAGAUUAGAACAGGAGGAAAGAGAUGCUAAGUUAGCUAGAGAAUUAAGUCAUGAGUCUCAAGGUCAGGAUGCUUUACUAGCUGAUAUGAAGUGUGCAGUUGAAGCCCAGGACAGUGAAUUAGCAAGACUGCUACAGGAAAGGGAAUAUAAAAAGUUACAACGGGCUAAAGAAAAAGCUAGACAAAAAGCUCUAUUAAAAAAACAGCAGCGUUUAGCUCAACAGGAUCCACUGCCGGAACCUCCCCAACCAACAUUGUGUGAUGCAUACAGUAACCCUCGAGAUAUCAUUAGACAGAACGGUUUGCGGCUUUGUAAAUCUGUUGAUUCAGAUUUAAAUUAUGUUGAACCAUUUGAAAAAGAAAACAUACAAUCAAAGGAAAGUGCCCUUUUAGCCAAAGAAAUGUCAAAACAAAUGUUUGCCAUUGGAGCUGGAACUUCAAACACAAACCUACAUGUGUCCCACAAGCACACAAAGUCCUUUGAAACUGAAAAACCGAGCUCAUCAAGCUCACUGAACUACAGGCAGCCGCCACCCCCACCCACUGGUGGGAAAAAGCCUCGAUUCCCAGACCCUAUGAGUAUCAGACCAGCAUCACACUACACUCCUGACAAUGUGUCAUCUGGCUCAGACGGCCAAAACACAUUUAUGUCACAUAGUGUCAGUGAAAACAACAAUUUAUACAGUUCCACAUAUCCACCUGAUAAUAUAAAUACAUCACAACUCGGUGAGAGAGCAGAUCCUUCGAAGAGGCUGUCGGUAAUAUCAGACAUUACGGCCGAAGGCUUGGCUAAGAAGAAGAGCAAGCAGUCUGAGAACAAAAAGAAAAAGGGCUGCAAAAUUCAAUAGUUUAAUAAUAUUGUCACCUUUGUUUAUAACACAUCCUACAUGUGAUUGUAUUCUUAUAGAGAAAAAUUGCUUCCGGCAUCAGUAAGGCUCAAUUAUUGAUUCAUGUUUCAAUUAAAAAAAAAGUAACUCAAAGUAUUAUUGAUUGAAUAUUAUUUUUAUAUUGAUUGACAGUUUUAUUAUGGCAACAUAUAAGAUUUUAUACUUUGUACACUUAGAGUAAGCUGUAUUUUAUUUUAAUUAAUUGUAAGGAUAUAUUUAUUUAUUUUUUACUCUGCAGCGUACCUGUGGAAACGAACCAAUGAUUUCUUUCUUAUCUCUUAAACAUUAAUUAUAACCUCAUUAACAUUCCAGCGUAGUGAUUUUGUUCCUGAUCUCUUUAAAAUUCUGUAGUCGGACUUCAGACUCCAAGUUAAUCAUAACACAUGUCGUAUUCUUAUUAUUGCUGUUAAGAAGCAAUCUUUUGUUUUGAUUUUUUUAUAAUGUUUAUCUUUAAAGUAACCGUUUAUUUUAUUCUUAUAGAAUUUGUUCGUAUUAUCAUUAUUACUAAUUUAUAUAAAGUAUUCAAGUAAUGCUCGUAUUCUGAAUCUCACCUCCAUUUCAGUAGUAGUAGUCGUUACAAAAUUGACUUGCUUACAGUUCAAAUACUUUAAGACUGAUUUACAUUUAACUUGUGGGAAGGAUUUAUAUAAUUUAAUUAUGAAAAACAAAUGAUUCGGUGCUCUAAUUAUUGUUUAAUGUUCGCUCUCUCGAAUUUAUAUUUUAUUGUAGACGUACUUUUCAUAUAGGUUUUAUUUUGAUUAUACUUUUUGUAAUUCCUUUUGACACGUUUCUCGACUGUGGCUCAAAUCAUUAGAGGUAUAAUUAUUAACCAAUUUUCUAACAUAAUUAUUAAACAAUUUUUCGAUGAAUACUGUUAUUACUUUAAGUAAAUUUAGCUUUAAUUGCAAUGUACGGCCUUCAUCGUGCCUUAACGGAACCGAACCAAACAGAAUUAUUUAAAUAAAAGCGAUUAUUGCAAAAA